AUGGAAGCUAAAGAGAUAGCUGGUGUGCUUGACAUUCCAAAUGUCACCAUGUGGAAGAAGAAUGCAGAGACAUUAAAUAGAAAAUUGGGUCCUUCACCCAAACCAUCUAUAGAGGAAGCUCCUAACUUGGAAUUGAAGCCACUUCUAGCCUAUCUCAGGUAUGCUUUUCUUGGUGUCAACAAUACUUUACCUGUAAUUCUCUCAUCAUCUUUAUUGGAUAAGCAGGUUGCAGAAGCCUUUGAACUGUUGAAGAAGAGAUUGAUUGAAGCCCAAAUCCUGAUAGCUCCUGACUGGGAGCUAUACUUUGAGUUGAUGUGCGAUGCGAGCGACAUAUUAGUCGGAGCAGUGCUAGGACAAAGGAAGGUGAAAAUAUUUUAUUCUAUCUACUAUGCCAGCAAGACUCUGGACUCAGCUCAGGCUAAUUAUAUUAUGACAGAGGAGGAGAUGCUUGCAUUGGUCUAUGCAUUUGAUAAAUUCUGCUAA